AUGUCGGUAUUUUCUCUCGACGCAAGUAAUGACAAUCCCGUUACGAAAGAAACUCUAGAGGGGCUAUGCUCUGAACUCGGCGUAAGGAUAGCAGAGCAGGAGAAAGAGGACUACCACCGACUACUAGCCGUCUUCCACGAUGCCAACUAUGUUCCCUACGUUGAUAACGAGCGUUUUCCACGUGAAAGCAUAUACUUCCCAGAGAAAGCCGAAAACUCCCAUGGAGCCUGGGCAUGGAAGUGUAGCAUCAUCGACAAGCAAUCAAACCACGGCAAGCUCCACAGCAAAACAUUCGCUCUCAAGGACAACAUAGCUGUCAAAGAUGUGCCCAUGCUUCUAGGUACCAACUUUAUCAAAGGCUAUGUUCCAGAUGUCGAUGCAACAGUCACAACGCGCAUCCUAGAAGCCGGCGGCCAUAUUCUAGGAAAAGCAGUCUGUGAGAACUUAUGUCAUUCUGCCACAAGCCAUUCAUCCAGCACCGGAAUAGUCGAAAGCCCAGUUGCAAUGGGCUAUAGCGCAGGCGGAAGCUCAAGUGGGUCAGGUGUUCUUGUAGCUCUAAGCGAGGUAGAUGGGGCUAUUGGAGCAGACCAAGGCGGUAGUAUUCGUGUACCAGCUGCCAACUGUGGUAUCGUCGGAUUGAAACCAACAUUCGGACUCGUACCAUAUACCGGAUGUGGAAGCAAUGAGCCAACAAACGACCACAUCGGCCCCAUGACACGAACAGUGCUAGAGAAUGCUCUCCUUUUAGAAGCAAUAGCCGGAACAGAUAACAUCGACGACCGCUCCUUCGCCGCGCCAAGUCCGUCCAGAGUCCCGGUGUACACUUCCAUAGUCAACAUGCCAGCUGAGCAACCACUGUUCGGCAAGAAAUUCGCCAUCAUCAAGGAGUCACUCUCGACACCUGCAAUGGACACCCGUGUCAUCCAAACUUUCCUCGUCGCAGUAGAAAAGUACACCUCUCUUGGCGCCACCGUCACCCAGAUAAACAUCCCCCUCCACUCCAAAGGCGCCGCAAUAUGGACUGGCGUCUCAAAAGUCGGAGGCUACCUUUCAAAAACGACAGGACAGUUUGGCCGUCGCGGCCACCAAAUGCUGCCUCUAAACUCCCUGUUCUACCCCAUGUCGCAGGCAAAUUGGGACGAAGCAUACGCCUCUACUAAGAACAUAUAUCUCAAUGGCCUUUAUGCCACAAAACAGUUCCCCAACCUCCUCGCCAAAGCAACGAAUCUCUCGCGGCAACUGCGAGAUGCGUACGAUACGGCGCUGGAUCAGUAUGAUGUCUUGCUUACCCCUACCCUGCCGUAUGUAGCAACGAGCCAUGCGGCUGUGGAUGCAACGCCCCUGGAGCAGAUUGCCAAACAAAUCGGUCUCACAGCCAAUACGGCACCGUUUAACCAGAGUGGACAUCCAGUUCUAGCACUACCCAUUGGCAUGUUGGGUGUGCUAGAGGGGCCUGGGUUGGAAGCGGGGGUAAAGUUACCGGUUAGCAUGCAGAUUAUCGGCAAGUGGUGGGAUGAGAUGGGCGUGUUUGAAGCGGCAUAUGCAUGGGAGAGGGAAAAUAAAUGGAGGGAUAUGUGA